AUGAUCUAUUCUUCAGACUUGUUUGUAAAUUGUGGUUCUGACUUUGAUGCUUUGAGCAAUCCAGAUGUUGGAGAUUGUAAUGGUAAUGAAUUUGUUCUAGAACCUACUCUGUUAGUUUCACUCCCUCUUAGACCAGUGGUUACUGAUGAUGAAUUUGAGAAAGAAAUAAAUCUCAUGUUGGUUGAUUAUGUGGACUCUAUGGAUGUUGAACAUGCUCCAGCCAAUGACCAUGGUGGUAUAGCUGAAAAUUCCUUAGUUCGGGACUUCAUUAGAUCUAAAAUGGUAGAACUGAGAUUAAAUGAGGUUUUUUCUUUUGGCAAUCCUUUUACGUGGUGCAAUAGAAGAUUUAAGAAUCCUGCGGAACUCAUUUUUGAAAAGUUGGAUAGAGGUUUUAUGAAUGAUAAGUGGGUGUCAGUUUUGCCUGAAACUCAAGUCACUAGUCUAGGUAGAGUGUAUUCAGAUCAUUGCCCUGUUUUUCUCAAACCCUUUCACCAAGAACAGAAGUUUUAUAUUCCGUAUAAAAUUUUCAAAUGUUGGCAAUUAAGUCCUGACUUCAAAAAUGUGCUUGUUAAGUCUUGGUCUAAACGGGUUAAGGGUUCUUCGAGAUUUACUGUUGCUGGUAAGCUCAAGAAUGUUAAACAAGAUCUCUGUUUUUGGAAUGUAAAUUCGUUUGGUCAUAUUAAGAACACUAUUCAUAAAUUGAACUCAGAGAUUGAAAAGCUUCAGUCUUUGCCUUAUUCUCCUGCCAUAGGUACUUUCAUUUUGAAUUACUCACAGCAGUUAGAUUAUUGGUACGGGAUUGCAAAUUCUUUCUAUAAACAAAAAGCUAGGAUCAACUACUUUAUACAAUAUGAUAAAAAUACUCAUUUCUUUCAUAAUGUUGUUAAACUUAGAAACAUGUACAACACCAUUCAUAUUGUUAGGAAUGAUCAAGGGAAUUGGCUAGAUUGCAGGGAGCAAGUUGUUUCUCUGUUUGAGUCCCAUUUUAAAAAGGUUUUCUCUUCUUCAAAACCUUGUGAUGCUGAUAUACAUGAUGUUUUGAAAGAUAUUCAUCCUAUUAUCACUGAUGAAAUAAAUCUCUCUCUGGUGGCCAUUCCCACUGUGGAUGAAAUUUAUUCUACUGUCAAGGUAAUGGAACCAUGGAAUUCUCCAGGACCAGACGGUUUUCCGGCAGGUUUUUUCAGAGAUAAUUGGGACAUCGUUUCUGGUCAGUGUCCUUUAGCUUCCCAUAUAUGGUUUGAUUUAUCCUUGCAACAUUUAGUUUCUUAUGAUUAUCAUUGGAUCGAUGAUUACUUCCUUAGCUGGUUUGAUUCGAGGUUGGGUCAGUCGCCUUUUGCAGUGGACUGGCCUAGCAUUGGUGCUAUUUUUUGUGGUGUAUUUGGAAGUUGA